AGACGCUGCCAUCGCCUGAAAUAUAUGAUGUCGUGGAGGGAUAUGUAAAAAUUUCCAUGGAGUGUGCUGAAAUAUUCAAACUUUUGGAUGGAGAAAGGAAGCCUGAAAGUGAAGAUUGUACAGGCCUUCAGUCAGCACCUUGGCUUGGACUUCCAGUGGAGGUCCCUCCCUACUACUGAAUUUCACGAGUUUAGCAGCUGAAAGAAGAGAGGAGUUGGCUGAACUCCUGUGGUUCUCUAGUCUUUCAUAUAGUAUCUGUAUAGAGGCUUCCUUGAAAAUUUGCACUCUCAGAACUAAUCCUUUAGAAGAGGCAGCAUUAAUUUGGAAGAGAAUUCAGAAGUUAACUUCAACUUCGUAUGUGGAAGCUUUGCUCUUGUGAUGCUAUUAAUCUUUCAAGCUCUAGAAGCCAUUUUACUGAGGACAGCCAGUGACCUCUCCCAUUUUUCUGUUGUGGGAAUGAACAUAGUCAAAAAGUUGAUUCAUUCCUACAUGAGAUUGGUCUAUGCUGCUUUGUAUUCUGAAAAUUACAGGAUGAGCCGAGUGUGCCUUACGCUGUUGUCAGCAAUGGUGGCUCAGGGGCCAGAUUCAGCAAGGGAUGUGUACAGCCAUUUUGAUUUCAAUAACAAGUUUUUGCCUGGAUUAUUGAAAAAAAGAUGUAAGAAGGGGGGAACUGAUGUCCGCAUGGCCUAUAUUCAGUUUGCUCUCUCCUUUUUGAUUGCUGGUGAUAAUACAAUCUUGACACAGGUGCUGGAAUUAAAAGAUUUCAUUCCAGAUAUUCUUCGUUCCGAAAUAAAGGAAGACAAAGUUUCUACUGUCAAUCUUCUACUUUCCACACUGAGAACUAAGGUGGUUCAAAAUAAAAAUAUCACCAAAACCCAGAAGGUGCGCUUUUUUACUGCAGAAGUGUUGAUUCACAUUGCUUCACUUUACCGGUGGAAUGGGAUUACUGAUGUCAGCCCUGGGGAUUUAAAGGUGACUCAAGGUUCUGAAGAGGUGGGAAAAAUGAUGGUACGGGAGCUUGUUCAUAAUUUCUUAAUGGACCUCUGCUGCUCUCUGAAACAUGGCAUAACUUUCUAUGACCCAAGUCUUGGAACUUCUGGCAAGGGAGGAAAUGUGGUGCUUCUGCGCUUUCUGCUUGGUUUAAAAACUGCAACAGAAGAUGAAAUGGUAGCUGAUCUUAUGGUGAAUAUUCUUAAAGUAUGCCCAGAUUUAUUGAAUAGAUACUUUAAGGAGGCCCAGUAUUCCUUUGUUCCUAGACUGAAGUCAGCUUGGAUGGACAAUAUGAAGUUACUCAGAAAGAUCUAUGAGGCUCAACCAGAGAUUUCCAAUUCUUUUAAGACUUCAGAGUUUAUUCCUCUUCCCAGGUUGCUUUCUAUGGUGAUGAUAACAACAGUCCCUGCAGUGUGCAAUAAAAUAAUGUUCACCCAAGGACUAAAUUUGGCCAGCACAGCAGUGAAGCACAGCAUACUGUCACUUGUGUCAGUGGUUCUGAGAAGAGCCUUGAAGAAUAUUGAGUACUGUUUGAAUGAAGAAAUUUGGCAAAAGUCAGAAAUCUACACACUGUCCAUGAUGCAGGAGUUUGUACAGCUGUACAGAGAAGCCAUCAGCAAGCUUUUACCAGACAUGAACAAUAUAGUGGCUGUCUGGCAGUCCCUUCUGAAGCAAGGGAGAGAACACCAUGAUGGCCAAGAGGAGAAGAGGGAAGGUGAUACCUCCACUGUGAAGGCAAUGACUGAGACAGCAGAAGUUGCUGAACAGCAUGGUUCUGAUGACGCUGAGACACUGUUUCUGAAAGCUGCACUACUUCAAGUCAUAUGCCUGUAUCAGAAGGUCGUGCCCCACUUGGUAACACGGAGCAACUUUGAUUUUAGCAAGCUGCUAAAAGGUAUCGUCACUGAAAAGGGCCUCCGAGAGGAGGUCCCUCCUGUUCUGCAGUACCAUAUACUGAAAGUGGCUUUGGAACUUCCUGCAAAUAAAUUUGCCUGGUUCAGAGUACAGGAUGUCUCUGAGACAGAGAAGGUAUCUGGUGAAAAAUCUGUAUUCUAUUUACUGAUGAAAAUGUUUGUUACAAGUAACCAUUCUCAUCUGAAAAUUUCAACCAAAAAACUGAUCAUCAAGGUUUUACGUGACAGCGGAGUGUUUGAGUACACGUGGAAGGAACUUUCAGUUUGGCUGGAACACUUGGAUAAUACAAAAGAAGACAGAAAGGAAGCAGUGAUUCAAUUUUUGGAAAGGAUCCUGUUGAAACUGGUGACAAACCCCUAUCCAUAUACAGAUAAAGCAGCAGACCUUGUUCAGGAGGCCAGUAUGCUCCAAGUUAAUGUAUUUAAACAAGACUCUGAUAACGUCAGCAUCCCCAUCUCUCACAUUGACGAUGUCCUAGAUAUGGUGGAUGUCCUAAUUGAGGGCAGCGAUGGCUUAGAUGAAGAAAUUGGGUUCACUUUAAAUGAAGACACGAUUAUCCAAACAUUUCCAUUCAGUGCUGUUGUCCCUGCUGCAUUAGAAGCCAGGAAUAUACUGUUGCUUCAGACUGAAAAUGGAACAGGAGCACACAUUGUGAAGUAUCUUGUUGGUGUUUUCACUGACCUCCUGCACUCUCAAAGAGAUCCCCUCGCCCUCUGCCUGAUGUUCCAGCUCUAUGAUAAAGAUCUGCAGUUGCUGAAAGUUUCUAAGUAUCCUCAGCUCUACCAAUUUAACCAGUAUUAUAAUCUUUGGAUACCCCAGCAAUCCCAGCAACCUCUGUUUAAAAAACGCAAAGAGGUGUGCAAAGAACCUGCUGUGGCCCUGGAUUCUAUAUUUAGCACUUUGCUAAAGAAAGCCUAUGAGAGAGGAAGUGAUACCUUACUGGAAGACAAUAUCCAGACAAAAUUGAGAGAUUUGGCUUCCCAUCUCCCACCUGAACAACUUUUGUUAGGAGUAAAGCAUGUGUUGCUAUACCUGAAAUCCACAGUGGAGAACUUUGGCAGUCUUAGUAAAGCUUCUGGUCCUGCCCUUGUUGACCUCUAUGUGGACCUGCUGAGCAGCUUGCUGUGCCGGGGAAAUCAGAUAGAGUUGGAUAAUCAGCAGAAACGAGAAAAGCAUCAGACUGAAUCAGAUCUCUUCAUGGAUGAGGAAUCUCUGAUUAUGGAGGAGUCUUCAAAUGACAAGACACUAGAAGAUACACUCAUGCUGAUUUUCAGACAUCCUACGCUGGAGAGUUGGUUCCUGGCUUUAGAGCAACGUUCUCUUCCUCAGCACAGUUUAAACCCUGUCACUGUGAAGCUCCUGUCAGCUCACCUCAAUUCUGGUGUGCUCCAGCUAUUGAAAAUGGGUGCCCCGAUGUUGCAGAGCAUGGAUCACAAACGUGUGUUAUCAAAGUAUUUUGAAGCUGUCACAAAAAGUGUCUUGAAAGAGCUACAGGCUGUGGGGAAAGGCAGGAGCCAGGUCUCUCCCAAGAAGUCUCACCAGCUGGAGGCUCUGGAGGAAUUGCAGAUAUACAUGGCUGCAGCUCAGCUGAAGGAGAUCACUUCAGCCAUGCUGGGACUUCCUGAGAUGAGCUUGACUACUCAGAAAUCUGAAAAAUCCCCUAAAAAAGGGAAACAAUUAAGCUUCUAUGGACAGAUUUUGGUGCAGCUGCUCACAGACAGCUACCAAAGGCAGCCCCAACAAGGAGAACUACUGCUAUCCACAGAGCACAUUAAAACUUUGGGGAUAUUGAUGUCAGCAUCAGCCAGCAAAGAUCUUGAGAAAGUUUUCCUUCAGGCUCUCCAAAGUGAGCCAGUCCUUGCCCACGCAGUCAGUGUAGAGGUGCACAUUCACUGCCUUAAUCAGAGGUCAGAAACCUCCCUUGCCAUUGUGGGCAUGCUGAUAAAACACUGUAGGACCCACCUGCUGCAGUUUGAGCUGUGGUGUCUGAGCAGUGACACGGGAAAGUACCUCAGGAAAAACAUGGAGAGCUUUCUUCCGCUCAUUAAUAUGUAUUUGCAAUGCAGAGACCAGUAUGAUUUCACUCGACCUUCCACAGUUGUCUCAGCUGUUACACCUGUCUUGAGGAAAGCUCUGUGGAAGGAGCUCUGCAGUGUGUUUCAAGACACAGAAGUGUCACGUGAGACCACUGUGAAACUGCAAGUCCUUUCAAAGUUGUUGCCAUCUUCAGAAAGCAAAGGGCUGCGAAACCUUAUUGACCUGCUUCCUGCUGCUCUUGAGAAAGCAGAAAAUAACGAGAGUUGGACAGUGGCAGAUGCUAUAUCUAGAGUGCUUGAAAACUCUGAAGAGCUGAAUUCCUGGAGGAGACGCCUGUUAUCAGCCUGCAUGAAGGGGUUAAUUGUCAUGUACAGCAGCAGUAAAGAUGAAAGAAAGCAAGAAGUGGAGAGGUCCAUGCUGCUGAGGCUAGAAGAAUUAUUGCACUUUGUUGAAGAAGUGGACCCAGAUGACUGGUACAGCCUUGUGAAGACAGGACUCAAGUACCGCUACACAGACGAAGCAUUUUUGAAAGUCCUGAAUAUUGCUAUUCAGUUAUUAUACAAGAAAGAAUCCUCACUUAGUCAGAGAUUAGUCAAGCUCUCCAAACUUCACAUGAUGGUCACGCAGCACUCUCUAUUUUUGUCAGCCAUACUGAGGUCAAGAGAAGAAGAUGGCACAAACACCCAGACGAGAGAGGCCUUGGUGGAUAUCCUGCUGACAGUUGUGAAACUCAGCCCUUCUCUGUGUGAGAGCAGUCACCUUGCCGUGUUGUUGGGUGCCUACGGGGCUACACUGAGUGCUGUAGAUCAGAAGAUACUGCUACUGCUUCAGUUCUAUGAGAAGAAUAAUCAAAGUCUUAUAAAUUCCAGAAUCCUGCUAUGGGGUCCAGCCGCUGUGGAGCAUCACAAGACUUGCAAGAGUCUAGGGAAGUCACUAUGGCAGCAGCCAAGCAUGGAGGAGAUUCUGUGUCUGCUAGACCGAGAAAAGAUGAUGAGGACAAUUCUGUCUUUCCCUCAGCAUCGCCGUCUUCUGUCAUCACAGGAGGUACAAGAAUCACUAUAUAGAGAUGAAAGCGUCAAGAGUCUUGAUGACUUCUAUGAUCCUCGUUUUCUACUUCAGCUCUUUAGUGAACUGACCAGACCAGAGUGUGUAGUGGCAUGUCACAAGUUUGUUGAAGUCAAUGCCCUGGGUCUAACAGUAGCUGCCCUUAGCAGUUAUGAUUCCAACAUGAGAGCAGCUGCGUAUUUUGUCCUGGCUUCCUUUCGUUCUCAUCUGGAAGGAGGUCGUUUUCCAGAGAAGAAUCAGUUGCUGUAUCUCUUGGAUGCUGUGCAAAAUGGAAUCGGGCAGCCGAACCUCAGAUUUACCUUCUCUUUGAGCCUCUACGUUGCUCGUGUGGCACAGCAGAUUCUGAAGCCAGAGGAGCACAUUUAUAUAAAGGUAAACAGAUUCCUUCUGUCACACCAGUAUUUGGACCUGAGGAAAGUACCAGGGUUUUUCCAGCUUUUCUACAGUUUUGAUUUUGAGUACAAAACCGAACGUGAGUGGAUUCUCAGGUUUCUUGGAGAAGGGCUGCGUGAUAAACAUUGCUACGAGCUUUACGACUACCAGAGGAUUUUCCAGGUCAUUCUUUCCUUUUUCAACAGUCCUUUGUGUGAUGAGGGCUCUCAGAAUCGUAUUCUGGAGAUAUUACAAAAUGCUGCCCAUGUCACCAGAGCUGCCUAUGAGCUGAUACAAGAUCACAGCCUCCUAACCUGGAUACUGCACAUCUUAGAAAAAAGGUUUUUGGAAAACAAGCUGUUAAAUAAAAUUAUUUCCUUGCUACAUACUCUGUGGCUAACAAAUUUAGGAGGCAAGAGAGAAAGCAAGAAUCAAUCCCAGGAGAACAAGAACAGGAAGUUUCUUCCUAUUCAGCUUGUAAAUGAAUUUCUGUAUGUUUUGAUCACAUUAAUCAAACACAUUCGGACUAAUUUCGAUCCAGCCAAACUGACUCAGUUUUUCAGUACACUCAAUUCUGUGUUGGAAUACCGUGCUAUCGUUGUUGAGGCCUUCAAAGAAAUGAGCCGGUUCACUGUGAACGAUGGCAUUCUCUCGAACAAAGAGAUCCUGCUGCUGCUGCAUAAGUGGAGCAUCAUUGAAAAAGACCUGCAACUGCAAGAGGAUGUACAGACUCUUGCUCAGAAAUACCAAAUCAAAGAAUUGCUUAAAAAUAUUAAAGAAAAGAACAAAUCUCAAGGCUCAUCUCAUGCAUAUCAUCACAUUCGGAAAAAGAAUGAGAUCGAAAGAGAAGGCGAUGCCGCUGCAGACCUGGAAGUCUCUGAGUUGGAGAAAUGCAGACAUCAUCUGAAUUCCAUAUUUGCCCAUUGGGAGCCUGUUUUCCCAGUGCCACCUACCAAACAUCAAGGGGAGCCCCUCAAAUCUGCUGACCGUGAGGAUGAAACAGUCGGUCUUACCUGCGCAUCCACUUACGUCGUAACUAAGUGGCUCGUAAAGUCCAUGGUUGAGCACAGCCUCAAUGUGCAAAGUGUUUCGUUAACUCUGCGGUGGCUGCAGCACCGCAUCUUGCCGCACCCAGUGGCGGUGCAGGAGAUGCUCAGGGAUGAGACACUGAGAAACAACAUCUUCAAAUUUUACACCCGGAUCUGCGAGGCCAGCAGUGGAACAGCUGGGCUCUUGGAAGAGCUCUGUUUGUUCAGUUCAGUCAUGCUUCACCUCAUGGAUGCUCAGGGCCUGACCAACAACAGCUUUCACGAACCUGUGAAGACAUUGUGCCUGUCAGCAAUGACGGAAGAGGAUGCGAACAAGAAAGCUGUUUGUGUAUUCCUGACUUCUGUUUACAUUGGGGACAUAUGGCUUGGAGCACAGGAGCCAGAUAUGUUAAUAACCCAUGUCAAAUUGAUCUGCAGAAGUACAGAUGAUAAAUUGAACGAUGAAGACUUGGAAACUCAUAAACAAGCAGAAGAAACUAUUAUGCCUCUUUGCAAAACCCUUUACUUGGCUACACUGGGGCCUUAAUUCAGCAAGCUGACACUUAGACGUUAAUGUUAUAUGCUCUGCCAUCCUUGCUGCGAGCCGUGAAACCCUCCUGAACUGUUCUCCAUACAAAUCUAACUUGUUUUGUCAUAAAGAUCAAUAUUUUAUUACUGUGUGCAAACUCAGAGGGGGGAAAAUUGUAUUCAUCAUCUCUCAGUGGAACAUUAAAGCUGUAAUUUCCCUUUUCUUGAACAGUAUGGGACACUGAAUGUUAUUUAUAUCAUUUUUAUUACAGGCAUUUUUAACUUUAUGAAGAACCAAAAAAGAGUGAUUAGCACAUUGCCUCUGGACUGUAUUUCAGUCCCCAUGUAGUUAAAAUCCCUCCUCUCUCCGCUGUAAAAUGGGGAAAAAAGACUGCAUUACUUUACCACAAUGUGGUAUAAGCGCAAAGAACGAGUAGUCAGAGGUUUAGCCAUGAUGGUUUACUACUAUUUCUUGAAGAACACAGUUUCUUUUAUGAUAUGUGAUACCAAAACCAGUAUGAAUAGAAGACUGAACACUGGAAUUGUGCUGGUCUGGGAUUCUUCUUGGUUUAAAAUUAUAUUGCUUUUGUAAGCAUUUAUAUGGGAGCUGGUCUGUUUUUAUUCUCCUUUCUGUUUUAAUUAAAAAAAGCCCUGACCAUCAUCACUGCUGAGACUUGCAACAAAGGCCCGUCUUCCCUCCGUUCCGAAAAGAUGAGAGAUGGCAAUAAACCCAAACGACUCACUGCUCAUUGAUUAUACAUGGGUUUUUAUUGGAAAUUCUCUGUGAAAUCUGAUAAAUAUUUCUUGAAUGUGGCCACGAGGGCAGUUUAACAUACCAGAUAUGCAAACAUGCAGAGCCUGAACUUGAAACUUUGAAAUGUAAAACAGGAUUUAUUAAAUUGACUCAUGAAUAUGUGCUGUGCCUACGUACUUUGUACAAAUUCUGUACAGGGAGAAAAAAAAUCAGAAAUGCACACUCCUUGUGAUGUUUAUUUAAUUUUUUUUAAAUAAAAAAGUGAGAUGCGAAUAACGAGGAUUGCUUCUACAUAUAAAUAUUCUUGUCCUAAAGAAGUCAUAAUAUCUAUAUCAAGACUUAAUUUAAAAAUAAAAAAUACUUCUUGAAAAAGAAGUGAGCUCA